AACAGUACAAUGGGUAGGCUAUUAAGCUAAUAUCCAUAGUAACUCAAACAGAAUGCAUCAGAAAAUGAAGCCUGAUAGAAACUCUCGCGUUGGUAAUAUCUUGAACACUGAUGUAGAUGGAUCGAUUUACAAACUUCAGUAUUGGCAAAUAAUGUAUGAAAACCCGUUCUUCAAUCCGAACUGUCACCAAAUUAUCAAAGAGCAAGAUGUUAAAGAGGUUCUCCAAUACACACCAAGUUCUGCCAUCCCAACACGAUCAAACAAACACAGCGGGACUUACCUUCCCGUAAUUCCCACGACACAAGAAACACAAUGCAAUAAUGCCGUUCGUUAUUUCGAGUCAGGGGAAGGUCGAAACAUUGACACGGGGCGUUGUUUGAAGGUAGAUACUGACUCUGAACAUGAACUAGCGACAUUAAGAACUAAAAUGAAACCACCAAAAAUCGUGGUACAAAAGCCAUCCGACGUCAACUUUGACCGGUACUCAGUUACAAAACUUUUGCGCCGCCCUCUUUCUAACGCCCAAAUGCGUUCACUCGACGAGAAACGGUCUGAACUCUACGAUGACACGGACUAUAAAUUCAGAAAGUUCAGCUUUACAACUAUCGCGGAAGAAGAUCAAUUGGGCGUUGAUAAUUUCUAUAAAAUAUAUUAUCCUUGUUUACUGGAAAAAAACAAACGUAGACACCGUAUUAUCGAAAGCAUGACUAGACUGGUAAAUAACCGCCCCCUUCAAUGCGACUCAAAAUUUGAAUUAUCUCAUUAUAUGUUAUGCGGUAAGACCCUGGGUGAUAUUAUGAAUGUUGACACCACGUCUGCUGAGUCUCUUUUAGAGGGAAAUGACGAGCCACAUUUGACAACGAACACACGGAAACGUCUUGCAAAUACAAUUCUAUCUAAUGCUAAAAUUAAAGAUGAUUCAGAACAUCCCGUUGAUGGUGAUUUGAAUAAGGAUGCCAUUGAAGAGGAUAUUAGGAUGGAGUACCAGUCUGCAAGUGGAAGAAGAAUGAACUUUGCCGAAAGUUCCCCCCAAGCAACACUAGACGCCCGUCAGAUAUUCCAAGAUGACACUUCCUUGGUCAAAACGUCUAACAUCGUACUAGAAACUCUCCAUGGGGGCGUUAAACGCGGCAGUCUAUGGGCACAUGCUGACAUAGAGCCUGAACUCAAAGAAAUGCAAGUAAACACAGAUAGAAAGAAAUACAAAUAUGAAAAGGGAAAUGAAGAUUCUGACGCUGAAAAAGCAUUAACUGCGCUAAAAUUCUUUGGAGAAAUUCUAAACAGAGUCCACAGCGAGGAUGAACUCCAACAAAGAAUUGACUCUCUUUCUGCCAUCCCUAAGUCUGCGUUAUCAUCACAAAGUGAUGUAUCCUUGGGACACGAAUGGGACAGCGGAAGUGACGUCAGUAUCGAUGACGUUACGGACUAUGAGCAUCUACUUAGGUUUGGUGAAGCAGUUGUAGAUGACGAUUAUAGCAAAGUUAUUGCAAGCGAGGUGAUUAACAAGAAAGGUGAUGUUAUAGAUGAAGUAGAAACCAACAUUUCAUAUGAUCAUAAUGAGAAUAUUGAAAGUGAUCGAGGCAAUGACGGCAUUGAAGAGUCACCUAUAACUUUUAAUAGAGACGAAAUUUAAUCUCAGCUCCCCCCUCGAUUAUCUUUAAAUUGAACUUAACAUGGUUAAUUCAGAAAAAAACUUUGGAUAAUCUUUUACAAAACCCUAAAUCGACUUUUGAUUAGCAAACGCAACUCAUGAUUGCAUUCUAAAGAGAAUAAAUUCACUAUUUAAAGGUAAUAGAUAUUGUUUUCAUACAACAGUUCCAAAUAAUGGGCUAUUAUUCAGAAACAUUGGGAUACUGUAUUUAGAAAAGGUCAAGGCCUAAAUGAAUGAUAUUUUUGUUUUUCAAUGGCCUCCUCACAUAUGAUCUGAACGAAACUCCACGAUGUCAAUGUUUUGGGGCAAAAUAAAGAUUUUUAUUUGAAUUCUAUAGAAUGUCCAAUGUAUUGAUAAGGACCCUAUCUUCCAUUUGACACCAACAGCAUCAAAGCUUACAAUGAUUAAUCAAAAAAUAUGUUCGAUCUGUCAAGCUUUAUACAUCAAGUUUUUAUCAAUGUCAUUGAAAGAUGGCGAAGUUGUUUGUAUAACAUGAUACAUU